AGUUGGCGGCGGCUGACGGAAAGUCCUGGCACGACUGGGAGGGACUGCAGCGCAGAUACCGGUCCCGCGGGCAGAAGCGGAGACCGCGGGUUGAGGCGGCCGUUCCAACGCGUGCUCUCUAGGCGGGGUGCGGCGGGGGAUGUGCCUGCCCCGGCCGGGCGGAGUCUCUGUGACAGGGCGGGGGAUGCGCGGACGCCGCUUGCUCGGACCCUAGGGCGGCUGGGCCCACCCUCGCGGAACCGUCCGACACCCAGCGGCCUCGGCCUCUGCUGUUUUUGUCCGGCCUGACCCUGGAAACCGAGUGUGGGAAGCGGCUACUGCAGAAGAGGAAGGGGCUGUGGUGGCCACCGCGGCACAGCCCGAGUUAUUUUGCCAAGAAGAUGGUUUUCCCAGUCCUGAAUGCAUACUGUCCGUUCUGAUGGGACAAGAUCCAAUAUGAAUGUAAGUGAUGGAGGAAGACGACGCUUUGAGGAUAAUGAACACACAUUACGAAUAUAUCCCGGGACAAUUUCAGAAGGAACAAUUUACUGUCCAAUUCCUGCCAGAAAAAGCUCCACAGCUGCUGAGGUGAUUGAUUCUCUUAUAAAUAGACUUCACCUAGACAAAACAAAAUGUUACGUCUUAGCAGAGGUAAAGGAAUUUGGUGGAGAAGAAUGGAUACUCAAUCCAACCGACUGUCCAGUUCAACGAAUGAUGUUAUGGCCCCGGAUGGCUUUGGAAAAUCGCUUGAAUGGAGAGGAUUACCGCUUUCUUCUGAGAGAAAAAAAUCUUGAUGGAUCAAUCCAUUAUGGUAGCCUUCAGUCAUGGCUACGGGUAACCGAAGAACGCCGCAGGAUGAUGGAACGGGGUUUCCUUCCACAGCCUCAACAGAAAGACUUUGAUGAUUUAUGUAGCUUACCUGAUUUGAAUGAGAAAACUCUUUUAGAAAACCUACGGAAUCGCUUUAAGCAUGAAAAAAUUUAUACUUAUGUUGGCAGUAUUCUAAUAGCUAUUAACCCAUUCAAAUUUCUUCCUAUUUAUAACCCUAAAUAUGUCAAAAUGUAUGAUAAUCACCAGUUGGGAAAACUUGAACCCCACAUAUAUGCUGUGGCAGAUGUAGCUUAUCAUGCUAUGCUUCAGCGCAAAAAGAAUCAGUGUAUUGUGAUUUCAGGAGAGAGUGGUUCUGGAAAGACGCAAAGCACAAACUUUCUUAUUCAUCACCUUACUGCCCUCAGUCAGAAAGGAUUUGCUAGUGGAGUAGAGCAGAUUAUUCUUGGAGCUGGACCAGUACUUGAGGCUUUUGGAAAUGCAAAGACAGCUCAUAAUAACAAUUCAAGUCGUUUUGGCAAGUUUAUUCAAGUAAAUUACCAAGAAACAGGCACUGUACUUGGGGCCUAUGUUGAAAAGUAUCUACUGGAGAAAUCUAGACUUGUUUAUCAAGAGCAUAAUGAACGGAACUAUCAUGUAUUCUAUUACCUCCUCGCAGGAGCAAGUGAAGAAGAGAGGUUAGCAUUUCAUCUUAAACAGCCUGAGGAGUACCAUUAUCUCAAUCAGAUAACAAAGAAACCCCUCAGACAGAGCUGGGAUGAUUAUUGCUAUGAUUCUGAGCCGGAUUGCUUCACAGUGGAGGGAGAAGAUUUGAGGCAUGAUUUUGAACGCUUACAAUUGGCCAUGGAAAUGGUAGGAUUUCUCCCCAAGACACGAAGACAGAUUUUCUCUCUGCUCUCAGCAAUACUACAUUUGGGUAAUAUCGCCUAUAAAAAGAAGACCUAUCGGGAUGACUCUAUUGACAUCUGUAAUCCUGAAGUGCUGCCUAUUGUCUCAGAAUUAUUAGAAGUUAAAGAAGAGAUGCUCUUUGAAGCAUUAGUUACAAGGAAGACGGUGACAGUGGGAGAAAAACUUAUUUUACCAUAUAAGCUGGCAGAGGCUGUGACAGUGAGAAACUCCAUGGCUAAAUCUUUAUAUAGUGCUCUGUUUGACUGGAUCGUGUUUCGUAUUAAUCAUGCACUUCUAAAUAGUAAAGAUUUGGAACAUGAUACCAAGACUUUGUCUAUUGGUGUUCUUGAUAUUUUUGGGUUUGAAGACUAUGAAAAUAAUAGUUUUGAGCAGUUCUGUAUUAAUUUUGCUAAUGAACGUUUACAACACUACUUUAAUCAGCAUAUCUUUAAGUUGGAGCAAGAAGAAUAUAGAACUGAAGGUAUCAGUUGGCACAACAUAGAUUAUAUUGAUAAUACUUGUUGCAUAAAUCUUAUUAGUAAAAAACCAACAGGACUGCUCCAUCUUUUGGAUGAAGAAAGCAAUUUUCCACAGGCUACAAAUCAAACAUUACUAGACAAGUUUAAACAUCAACAUGAAGAGAAUUCUUAUAUUGAAUUUCCAGCUGUGAUGGAACCUGCUUUUAUCAUAAAACAUUAUGCUGGAAAAGUAAAAUAUGGAGUAAAGGAUUUUCGGGAAAAAAAUACAGAUCAUAUGCGUCCAGACAUUGUGGCUCUUCUGAGAAGUAGCAGGAAUGCUUUUGUCUCUGGGAUGACUGGAAUUGAUCCUGUAGCUGUUUUCCGAUGGGCAGUUCUCCGAGCUUUUUUCAGAGCUGUGGUUGCUUUCAGGGAAGCUGGAAAAAGAUACAUUCAGAGAAAAACUGGACAUGAUGAUACAACGCCAUGUGCAAUUUUGAAAAGUAUGGAUAGUUUUAGCUUUCUCCAACACCCAGUCCACCAGAGGAGCUUAGAGAUUCUACAGAGGUGCAAGGAAGAGAAGUACAGUAUAACCCGUAAAAACCCAAGAACACCUCUUUCUGAUCUUCAGGGCAUGAAUACUCUAAAUGAAAAAAAUCAACAUGAUACAUUUGAUAUUUCUUGGAAUGUCAGAACUGGCAUUCGCCAAAGCAGACUACCGACUAGUAACACUUCCUUGCUUGAUAAAGAUGGGAUAUUUGCUAAUUCAGCAAGCAGCAAACUCCUGGAAAGAGCUCAUGGAAUUCUCACACGAAACAAAAACUUCAGAUCAAAACCUGUUCUUCCAAAGCACUUGCUGGAGGUAAAUUCUUUGAAGCAUCUGACAAGACUCACCCUACAGGAUCGGAUUACCAAAUCCCUUCUUCAUCUGCACAAGAAGAAGAAACCUCCCAGUAUCAGUGCCCAGUUUCAGGCCUCCUUAAGCAAGCUGAUGGAGACACUUGAUCAAGCAGAACCAUAUUUUGUAAAAUGUAUUCGCUCCAAUGCAGAAAAGCUGCCCUUAAGAUUCAAUGAUGCUUUGGUACUAAGACAGCUUCGGUACACUGGAAUGCUGGAGACAGUUCGAAUUCGUCAAUCAGGAUAUAGCUCCAAGUAUUCUUUCCAGGAUUUUGUGAGUCACUUUCAUGUACUUCUUCCCCGAAAUAUUAUCCCUUCUAAAUUUAACAUUCAAGAUUUCUUCAGGAAAAUAAAUAUUAAUCCUGAUAAUUACCAAGUUGGAAAAACGAUGGUUUUCCUAAAGGAACAUGAACGACAGCACUUACAAGAUCUGCUUCACCAGGAAGUGCUUCGCAGAAUUGUACUAUUGCAGCGGUGGUUUAGGGUCUUGCUCUCUAGGCAACACUUCCUCCAUUUGAGACAGGCGUCUGUUAUUAUUCAGCGUUUCUGGAGGAAUUACCUAAGUCAGAAGCAUGUCAGAAAUGCGACUGUGAAGAAAGAUGCUUUGAUUAUGGCUAGUGCAGCAUCCCUUCUCCAAGCUUCCUGGCGUGCUCACUUAGAGAGACAGCGAUACUUGGAGUUACGAGCUGCAGCUGUCAUUAUCCAGCAAAGAUGGAGGGAACUAUGUAGAUGCCGACACAGGGCUGCUACCUGUAUACAGGCAAGGUGGAGGAGCUACAGACAAAGUAAGAAGUACAAUGAACAAAGGAACAAAAUUAUCCUUUUACAGUCAACAUAUAGAGGAUUCAGAGCAAGACAAAGAUAUAAAGCUUUAAAAGAGCAAAGGCUGAAAGAAGCAGAACUAGAGCAUGGAUUGGUGCAUAUCAAGGCCUGUGGAACUCUAGAAAUUCAGGGUUCAGACCCUUCUGAGUGGGAGGAUUGUUCUUUUGACAACAGAGUGAAAGCCAUAGAGGAAUGUAAAUCUGUGAUAGAGAGUAAUCGAAUUAGCCGUGAAAGUUCCAUGGAUUUCUCAAAGGAGUCUCCAGACAAGCAGCAUGAGAGAGGCAGAAGCCGAAGUGGUACAGACUUGCAGGAAGAAGUGAUUGUAAGACAGAGACCCAAGUCCUUGGAGGAUCUCCAUCAGAAAAAAGUAGGUAGAGCCAAAAGAGAAAGUCGGAGAAUGAGAGAAUUAGAGCAAGCUAUAUUUAGCUUAGAAUUGCUGAAAGUUCGUUCUCUUGGUGGGGUGUCUCCUUCAGAGGAACGUAGAUGGUCUUCAGAACUGGCGCCUGAAGGUCUGCAGUCUCCACAGGGUACACCUGAUAGUGAGAGUUCACAAGGAAGCUUAGAACUUCUGACUUGUGAGGAGAGCCAACAGAGCAAACCAGAGUCCCUCAUUUUAGAUGAGGGAGAAUUGAAGAUUUCAUCACCCAAUAUAUCUCCUAAUCCAAAAUUCCAUUCACAAGACAAUGUCCUCAGUGCCUCAAGGGAGACUAGCUCUACAUUGACUAGAAAAGGAGCAUCUUGUGACUCAGAGCAUUUGAAGAAUGGGACUGCUAAGGAAAAGCUGGUCUGUUGUUCUGAACCUAUCACCUGUAAACCCCAACUGAGAGACUCUUUUGUUUCAAGUAGUCUACCUACAUUUUUUUAUAUUCCCCAUCAAGAACCUCUAAAAACAAGUUCCCAACAAGACACAAGUAUCCAAAGAAACAAACUGCUGGAAAGAGAAGCCACUUUGAAUACAGCUAUUACUUUAGAUAUCAACAGGGAAGCCAGGAAGUGUCAGUUCUCAGGAGAUCAAGUGAUUCCUUUGAAUACAGAUGCUUCGUGUACUGUGCUUAAGAAGUUGGAAAAGCUGAAUACUGAAAAGGAGAAAAGGCAAAAGCUGUUACAGCAGCAGAAUGAAAAAGAAAUGAUGGAACAGAUUCGUCAACAGACAGAUAUUUUAGAGAAGGAACGUAAAGCCUUCAAGACAGUUGAACAGGCACGCACUGAGGAAUCUCUCUUGGCACCAUCCUUUUAUCAGCCAAGACAAAGAGUAGAGAGGCCAUCUUCUCUGCAUAUCCAAAAUACCCUAAGUGAGGGAGAAGCUGGUGUACUAGGUUCCCCAUCAGCAGUCACUAAAAGAGAUACAACUCUUGCCACAAAAGAUAGUUCCUCCAUUCAUUUAUCUCCGAAAGACCGACCUGUCACUCUCUUCUUUGAAAGAAAAGGAAGCCCAUGCCAAUCAAAGACUGCCAGGGAAUUACCCAAGACAGAAAGAAUAGGCACCCAACAUGUUGCCUGUAAACUCUCUAAUAAUCGCAUUACAGAAAGAGAACACUAUAGGUCAACUCACUCUUAUGGCCACAGACCUGAUGACCCUUCCAGAGGGGGAAAUUCAAGAGCCAUUUUCUUCACACCAAAAGACAAUAUGAUUAUUCCACUUGUACACAGUGGAAAUCCUCAAGUUCACAAACAAGAUGAACCAGCUUUGAAAUCUAAAUUUGCAGGGCCGGGCCAACGAGAGCAGGUUGCCAGACCGGCCCAUAAAAAGAAAGCUCGAAUGGCGCGGACGCGCUCCGAUUUCUUGACUAGAGGUACUUUUCCCGAUGGGGAGGGGGAUACAGAGGAAGAUGAUUACGAUGACAUUAUUGAGCCCCUUCUCUCCCUUGACCAAGCUUCUCACUCUGAGCUAGGGCCUGUAUCCAGCCUGGGUCAGGCCUCUCACAGUGACUCCGAAAUGACAUCACAACGAUUUUCUUCAGUUGAUGAGCAGGCAAAGCUCCAUAAGGCUAUGUCUCAAGGAGAGAUUACAAAAUUGGCAGUAAGACAGAAGUCUUCAGAUUUGGAGAUAAGACCCCAGAGAGCGAAGAUGAGAUUCUGGGCCAAAGGGAAACAAGGAGAGAAGAAGACUACUAGAGUAAAACCUGCUCCCCAGUCAGAGGUCUCGUCACUCUUUCCUGGCUCAGAUGGGACAUCUGCUAAUCCCUUUUCAGAUGAAUUAACUCAGUAUCACCCAACACCUCCUUUGAGCCCAGAACUGCCUGGGAGUUGCCGAAAAGAGUUCAAAGAGAAUAAGGAACCUUCUCCAAAAGCAAAGCGCAAAAGAGGUGUGAAAAUCAGCAAUGUGGCUUUGGAUUCUAUGCAUUGGCAAAAUGACUCUGUCCAAAUCAUAGCAAGUGCCAGUGAUUUAAAAAGUAUGGAUGAAUUUCUUCUGAAAAAGAUGAAUGACCUAGAUAAUGAAGACAGCAAGAAGGAUACAUUAGUGGAUGUCGUAUUUAAAAAAGCCCUUAAAGAAUUUCGGCAGAAUAUCUUCAGCUCUUACUCAUCUGCAUUGGCGAUGGAUGAUGGGAAAAGCAUACGAUACAAAGACCUGUAUGCACUGUUUGAACAGAUUCUGGAAAAGACCAUGAGGCUUGAACAACGUGAUUGGAAUGAAUCUCCAGUGAGAGUUUGGGUUAACACAUUCAAGGUGUUUUUAGAUGAAUACAUGAAUGAAUUCAAGACUCUGGAUAGCACAGCUUCAAAGGUACCUAAAACAGAAAGAAAGAAAAGAAGGAAAAAAGAUACUGAUUUGGUGGAAGAGCACAACGGCCACAUCUUUAAGGCCACCCAGUAUAGCAUCCCUACAUACUGUGAAUACUGUUCUUCCUUGAUAUGGAUAAUGGACAGAGCCUCUGUUUGCAAAUUGUGUAAAUAUGCUUGCCAUAAGAAGUGCUGUCUGAAAACCACAGCCAAAUGCUCCAAGAAGUAUGAUCCAGAGCUGUCAUCUCGGCAAUUUGGGGUUGAACUGUCCCGUUUGACUAGUGAAGACCGAGCUGUUCCUUUAGUGGUUGAGAAGCUCAUAAACUACAUUGAAAUGCAUGGGCUUUAUACUGAAGGUAUUUACCGAAAGUCUGGUUCAACUAAUAAAAUCAAGGAGCUUCGACAAGGUCUAGAUACAGAUGCUGAAAGUGUAAACCUAGAUGACUAUAACAUACAUGUUAUUGCAAGUGUAUUCAAACAAUGGCUUCGUGAUUUGCCCAAUCCACUCAUGACCUUUGAACUCUAUGAGGAAUUUCUUCGAGCUAUGGGCCUUCAGGAGAGAAAGGAGACAAUCCGUGGAGUGUACUCUGUAAUUGAUCAGCUCUCCCGAACUCAUCUCAAUACACUGGAACGCCUUAUCUUUCAUCUAGUUAGGAUUGCGCUACAGGAAGACACUAACCGAAUGUCUGCUAAUGCUCUGGCCAUUGUGUUUGCACCUUGCAUUCUCCGUUGCCCUGACACUACUGACCCACUACAAAGUGUACAAGAUAUCAGUAAGACUACCACCUGUGUGGAGCUGAUUGUUGUAGAACAAAUGAAUAAAUAUAAGGCUCGUCUCAAGGAUAUAAGUAGCCUGGAAUUUGCUGAAAAUAAAGCAAAGACCAGACUAUCACUGAUUCGUAGAUCAAUGGGAAAGGGGCGUAUACAUCGUGGAAACUAUCCAAGUCCCUCCUCUCCUGUUAUAGUCCGAUUGCCUUCCAUGUCUGAUGUCCCUGAAGAGACCAUGACUAGUGAAGCAGCCAUGGAGACUGACAUCACAGAACAGCAACAAGCAGCAAUGCAGCAGGAGGAAAAAGUACUGACUGAGCAAAUUGAGAAUUUACAGAAAGAGAAGGAAGAACUAACUUUUGAGAUGCUCGUAUUGGAACCUCGUGCCUCUGAUGACGAAACCCUUGAGUCUGAGGCUUCUAUUGGGACUGCUGAUAGCUCAGAAAAUUUGAACAUGGAUUCUGAAGAGAGAAGCUUAGUCCUUAGCUCCCUGAGAGUGGCUGCCAAGUCUGAGCCUUCAAGCAAGUUGCGAAAGCAGCUAAGAAAGCAGCCAGACUCUGUGGACUCAGUCAACUCCAGCGUCUCUUCCUGUUUAUCUAACACUACAUCAUCUCACGGCACUAGAAAGCGAUUUCAGAUUUAUUCCAAGUCUCCAUUUUACCGAGCUGCCUCAGAUUGUGAGGCCCUGGGUACGGAAGGACCACUAGGCCAAGCCAAAUCCCUGGAAGACAGGCCUCAGUUCAUCAGCAGAGGAACCUUCAACCCUGAAAAGGGCAAACAAAAACUAAAGAAUGUGAAAAAUUCACCUCAGAAAACCAAAGAGACCCCAGAGGGGACAGUCGCAUCUGGCCGAAAGAAAACUGUGGACCCAGACUGCAGCUCAGCACAGCAGCUACCACCUUUUGGAAAUAAUGAGUUUAUGGUCUGAAUGACAGAUGUGUCCCUGUGUGGCUAGAGUGGUAAACACAUCUCAUCUCUGGGGCCUCUUCUGGUCACUUUGUCCAUAACAGUCAGUCCUAAUGGUCCUGCCUCUUGUUCCAGCAGUUUGUGUGCUGGAUCGCUGGGCUUCCUGCAGAAGUGGCCUCUUUGAAGGUUGCUAGGGAUGGGCCAGCUGUGCCUUGGCUGCUGUCUUUGAUUUGAGAUUCCACUAAACAAAGCCACCUAGGACCUGGAGGAUUUUGAUCUACAGUUGUUGCCUCUCCCGCACCUACUCUUCCCUUCCCAACAGAUACUUGUUGAACUAGGAGGCUGUUGUGAUCCUGAGGAAUACUCUCAUUUCUAGCAUUUGAAGAAAAUAUACAAACCUCUCUUAACCAUGAAAGCAAAAGUUUUUGAGUUUGUAUUGGGAUAGUUAGGAGCUGUGGUAGAAUAUAUUUUCCCCAAGGAUUUAUAAGCAGAAAGCCCAAGCCCUCUAUUUUAAAUUUAAUUUUAAAAUACUCCAUGUUAUAUUUUGGAAAUAUGAACUAUGAUUUCCAUUAAGCCAUCAGAGCAUGUCUCAGUUAUCUGGUCAUACAGUGAAGAGACCAUGCUUUGUGUUUUGUUGAUGUUGAUAUCAUAAUAAUUAGUACUGGUUUAACUCCGGGUGAGUUCCUGCCGGCUAUGCUGCAUGGGAUAAAGUUCUGGUAGCCAUACUGUCAUGAUAGACUUGAUUAUCAGGUCAGAGUCCUCUAGUCUUUUGUUUGUUUUCUAUGUCACAGACACAUUUAGGUAAUCCCUAAAUGUGAAGGCUUUAUCCUGAUUGAUCCAGCUUUUUUUGUUGUUGUAUAGACUAAACUGAAGACUGUAUCCGAGCCUAUUCACUUGCUGGUGGAAUACCACCAUAGACUCAGACAAAUAAUGUGACCAUUUUUCUACAAGUACUCACAUACAACAUUGCAUGAGUGUUAUAGAAAGCUGCCAAAAGAAAUUUAGAAAGUUUUAAUAUGAUCUAUUUAACUUUUAUCUUCUUUUUUUUCCUCAGACCAUCAGUAUUAGAUGAAAAAAAAAAUCAAGGACUACUUGAAGCUAUUUUUGUUAAUAUACUUGUUCCUGAAGUUUACUGUAAAUACACAUGUAUAGUAUGCCUAGUUCUUUUAACUUUGUGCUUCACCCUUUUUCCCAUGGAGUUUCUUCCUACAGCUGAGAGGCCAUUGGACAGGUGGUGAGAACCACUCACCCUGGGUUGAGGGAAAAUUAAGUCUUCUUCACUGGUGGUCUCCAUGGACCUAAGUUAUAAUUUCUGAAACAUGUCCUAGCAGUUGUGGGAGUAGAAAUCUUUUUGCUAUUUAUAAUGUAUGUGAGAUGAAACAUGAUGCCCUUUCUUAAGUAUGUGAAAAUGUUUAUUUUUAAAGUAACUAAAUACAUUUUGUCUUAACUACCAUAUGCACUGUUACAAAAAGAGCCUUUACCACCUAUAACCUGAAUUUCGGUUUUCUUCAUUUUCUUUGGUUUGAAGUCAUGAGAAUAAUAAGUUUUUUUGUUAAGGCAGGGUCUCUCCUCUUGCACAACACUGAACCUCAUGCCCCUGCUUCAGUGGUCAUUGGCCAGCUCUAGAGAUGAGACUUGUAGCAUCAUUCUGCGCAGCAACUCAUGGUAGCAAGCAUCCUCCCUCACCCUGGUAUCUAUAGUUCAGCAUCGAAACACAUGAAGGAAGCUUUGAAACUCUCCCCAAUGAUGAUGGUCAAUCAGUAAAUGUUAAGUUUUAUAUCCCACAAACAUUAACAACAAGAAUGUUGGAUAUUGUCCUAACGGAACCCAGCAUGGCUAUAUCAAGGUGGGGUAACUAUUUUGGGCCUUGCACAGUCUGUCUGAGCACUGGGGAGAGCAGCUACUGCUGGGUGUUAACUGUUGCUCUCCACUUUGAUCAAAAUGUUACUUAACUUUUUUUUUAAGCUGUUGAACAGUUUCCCUUGUUUCAGAGGAAUGGUCUGGGGAAACUUAACACUUGACAUACAUUCUCCCACCUAAAUUUUGAGAUUUUUGUCUUGUUUUUCUAUAAGGUAAAUUUGGGGCUGAGAAAAAAUUGUCUACAUAGGUCACUUUGUAGGAACUAAGUAAUCGAUAUUAAAAGACUUUAUAAUUUUUCUCAGGGACCUAAAUCCUGAAUUUGAAUAAAGUUAAAUAAAAACUUUUUUUCAGUUGCUA